AUGUCUGAACCCAUAACCACCAGCAAUCUGGAGAGUAUUCUUCCCCUUGUUGCGCGGGGUAAAGUCCGUGAUCUAUACGAAGUCAACCCGCACACUCUCCUCUUCGUAGCUACAGACCGCAUCUCCGCCUACGACGUGAUCAUGGAAAACCCAAUUCCCAAUAAAGGCGUCCUCCUCACCCUCCUGACAACCCACUGGUUCAAAAUCCUCUCCGCUGCCGUCCCAACCUUGCGCACACACUUCCUCACCCUCGAUCUGCCCCCUCAGAUCCCCGAAUCCCUCCGACCAACCCUGCAAACCCGCAGCAUGCAAGUACGCAAGCUGAAAGUCUUCCCCAUAGAAGCUAUAGUGCGCGGCUACAUCACCGGCUCAGCCUGGAAGGAAUACCAGACAUCCGGUACUGUGCACGGCAUAAAGAUGCCGGAGGGGCUGAAGGAGAGUCAGCGUUUCCCAGAUGGUGCCAUAUAUACACCAAGCACUAAGGCGGAGCAGGGGAAGCAUGAUGAGAAUAUCCAUCCCGAUCAGGCCGUAACCAUUGUAGGCCCCAAAUACGCCCGCAUCAUCUCCACACUAGCCCUAAAACUCUACGAAACCGCACACGCCCACGCACUCUCACGCGGCCUCAUCAUCGCGGAUACCAAGUUCGAAUUCGGCCUCGACACGGCGACGGAUGAAGUUGUGCUAGUUGAUGAGGUGCUGACGCCGGACUCGUCGCGGUUCUGGGCGGCGGAGAAUUAUCAGGUUGGCAAGUCGCAGGAGAGCUUUGAUAAGCAGUUCUUGCGCGAUUGGCUGGUCAAGAACGGGCUAAAGGGGAAGGAAGGGGUGAAGAUGGACGAAGAGUUGGUAAGGAGGACUGGGGAGAAGUAUCGGGAAGCGUAUGAGAGGAUUACGGGGGAGAAGGUGGAUUUCUAA